AUCUCUGGCUGGGACGAAGGCAGCAUGGCUUCCACCCCAAACGAUUUCGAUGAGGGCCAGGCCCUUCAUGAGGUGCUCCGAUGGCCCAACGUGCGGCGCAUGCUGCGGACCGUGUGCGACCUCGGUGAUGCCUGCCCACCCGCGUCCGGGCUCGCGACCCACGGGUCACCAGCCGACGCAGCCGCCACGGCUGCUGCUUUCAAAAUGCACUCCGCGCUUCUCGCCAACGCUCCGCCAGAAGGUAUAAGGAGCAGACACACGUGCCAUUCGCUCCUGACACCUCCUACCGGUACAUGCGUACUCCCAACAUGCAUGGACGGCGGCGCUGCUUUCAGUCGCCUCCUCCUCCUCCUGCCCCUUACCUACCCCUCCUCUUUCCCUCCUCGAGCUACCGGUACUACCGGGGUUGGUACUUCCCGCUGCCCCCCCUCCUCCAUCC